AUGGAUGGGCCAACCGAUAACACCACCUUCCAUUCCAAAAUUCCAGUGGUGGCUGAUGUGACACUGGGAAUCGUCUAUUCCAUAUUUGGUGUUUGUUCACUGUGUGGUAACAGUGUGCUGCUGUAUGUCUCCUAUAAGAAGAAACACCUGCUGAAACCGGCUGAGUUCUUCAUCGUUAACCUGGCCGUCAGUGAUCUGGGAAUGACACUCAGUCUCUACCCCCUCGCUGUUACAGCCAGCUUCUUCCACAGGUGGCUGUUUGGAUGGACAGCGUGUGUAGUCUAUGCAUUCUGUGGAGUCCUGUUUGGUCUCUGCUCUCUCACUACUCUGACCUUACUCAGUACUGUCUGCUGUCUCAAAGUCUGCUACCCUCUCUAUGGGAAUCGGUUCAGUUCUGGACACAGUCUCAUUCUCAUAGCCUGUUCUUGGGCGUACGCACUAAUCUUUGCAUGCUCUCCUCUGGCGUACUGGGGUCGUUAUGGACCAGAACCCUACGGUACGGCCUGUUGUAUCGACUGGGCCUGGUCCAAUCACAACCGCACCGCGCGGUCCUACACAGCUGCUCUCUUCAUCUGCUGCUACCUCCUUCCCUGCACCAUCAUCAUCCUCUCCUACACACACAUCCUGCUCACCGUCAGAGAGUCACGCAGGGCCGUGGAACAGCACAUCUCCACCCAGACACGCAUGGGAAACAUUCAGACAAUCAUAGUGAAGCUGAGUGUGGCAGUGUGCGUCGGGUUUUUCACGGCCUGGAGUCCAUACGCUUUGGUAUCGAUGUGGGCAGCGUUCGGUCGGAUGGAGGACAUUCCCCCGUUGGCUUUUGCCGUUCCCGCCAUGUUCGCCAAAUCCUCCACCCUCUACAACCCUCUGGUCUACCUGCUCCUCAAACCCAACUUCCGCCACCUGCUGUAUCAGGACGUGGGAUCACUGUGCGAUGUGUGCGUCCGCCGCUGCCACCUGUGCGCCUGCCUCCCUCGCUGCAGCUACCGCUCCGUGCUGGCCGCCAGCCUGCGGUCGCUACGGCGACGGGCCGAGUCCAGCUCGGGCUCCACCCAGGUGCAAGAGGGCGUGUGUCAGUGCUCGUGCGAGCGCUGUAACGACCCGUUUGAGCGGUUUAAACGCUACCCGCAACGCUGCCCCAUCAACGUCAACACGGUCCAACUGUCUCUGCAGGAACCGGAGCCAGAACUCCGGACAGAACCGAAGUCCGAAACCCGGCCCACGGCCGGCAGGACGUCAGUGUGUGUGAUCGUCCGAGGGAAGAAGAACUUUGAGAUUGACAACCUAGAGAUCACCUUGGAAACAGUGCCCACUCAUGGAAACGCUGCCAAACCCUGA